GGGAGCUGAGGCUGGAUGCAUCUCCCGCCAACCGACGACCAUGGCCUCUGAGGCAGCAGCCACGGAUGAUGCUGCGACGACAGGAGGACCGCCCGAAUGCACCGAGAUGGAGGAGCAGUUGGCGGAGGGAAGGAUGAAGGCAGACGAGGAAGCUCCUCCCCCCUCCCCGGGGCUGGGGGGUUCGGCGAUCCGGUGUCGGGAAGUGUGUCGGUCGUACGGUGAACUCAAAGUCCUGAGUAAUCUCAACUUGACCGUGCCACAGGGACAGAUCUACGGCCUGCUGGGUCCGAGUGGGUGUGGGAAGACCACACUGUUGAAAUGCAUUGUGGGAACACUGAAGAUCUCCCGAGGGCACAUCAGCGUGUUGGGGAAGCCGCCCGCAUUUCCUGGUCACCAGGUCCCUGGGAGGAUGGUGGGGUACAUGCCACAGGACCUGGCGUUGUACAAUGAGUUUACCAUCAGUGACACUCUGACGUUCUUCGGAAGGAUCCACGGCCUGUCAUCUACGGACACCCAGGCACGCAUGGACUUCCUGGUGGACUUCCUGGACCUACCUCAGAAGAGCAAACUAGUCCGAAAUCUCAGCGGAGGGCAGAAACGGAGGGUGUCUCUAGGAGCGGCCUUACUUCAGAACCCCCAGUUAUUGAUUCUGGAUGAACCCACAGUCGGGGUGGACCCUGUGCUGAGAGCCAAGAUCUGGCAGCAUCUAGUAGAGAUUGUGAAAACUGGAAAAGUAUCAGUCGUCAUCACCACUCACUACAUAGAGGAGGCCAGGCAAGCCAACGUGGUGGGUCUGAUGAGGAAUGGCCGACUGUUGGCCGAGGGACAUCCAGAAACCAUGAUGAAACAGCACAAUGCACCGACCCUGGAGAAAGCCUUCCUGCAGCUGUGUGAGACCUCAGACCAGGUGGGCUCCAAACACAGCACCUCCCCUCUGGGCGGGGUCCUAGAGAGCAGCCAAUCAUUCGAGAGCGGCCGGGACGAGAGUCAACCAAUCCUGGGAGUCGGGCCGGGACCAGUUGAAGAGCUGCCCAAAUACUCAGCGGACUGGAAGGUACGAGUCAGGCAUGUGAUGCCAAAGUGGAGGAACAUCGCAGCCCUGAUUAUCAAGACCACGGUGCGGAUGAAGAGAAUGCCUGGGUCCCUGUGUUUCCAGUUCCUUCUGCCAGUCAUCCAGAUCUCUCUGAUGUGUCUGUGUAUCGGAGGAGACCCCAAAGAAAUACAGGUGGCUGUGGUCAACAAUGAGACCUCCUCCAGCUCCUAUAGCCAAUCCCUGCUCUCCUUCCUGGACAACUCCAGCGUGCAACAGGUGAACCUGUCCCAUGCUGAGGCUUUUUCAGGGGCCUAUAAUGGAGAGUACUGGGCCGUCAUCGGGUUUGGAAAGAAUUUUACCAGCUACCUGACCAAGAGGAUGAUCCAGCAGCAGGUCUCUAAGGAGGUGGUGGAUGGAGGGUCGGUGCACGUCAGGUUGGACCAGACCAAUCAACAGAUCGCCAUGAUGCUUCAGAAGAAACUAGCCGAUGCCUUUGAGGACUUCGUCCAGUAUAAGAUGGGGAGCAUGUCUUACCUGGUCUCUCUUCCUGUCAAGUUUGAGGAGCCCAUCUAUGGCAGCAUGAACUCAGACUUCACCACGUUUGUGACGCCAGGAGCCGUUCUGAGCAUCACGUUCUACCUGGCAGUGGGCUUGACGGCUCUGUCCUUCGUGAUAGAGAGGAAGGAGGGGCUAAUGGACAGGUGCUGGGUUGCAGGUGUUAGUUCGUUGGAGACUGUGCUGGCCCAUCUCAUCUCCCAGCUGUUUGUCAUCAGCAUCCAGGUCAUUCUACUACUGCUCUUAAUGCUGCUCGUCUUCAAGAUCCCUAAUGAGGGGAGCCUGGUGUUGGUUAUAGCUCUGAUUGGGCUGCAGGGUGUGACUGGCAUCUCCUUUGGUCUGGUCAUCUCAUCUGCCAUCGAUGAUGAACAGAACGCCAACCAGGCUGCCCUGGGUGUCUUCUACCCCAACCUCAUCGUCAGUGGUAUAAUCUGGCCCGUGGAGUGCAUCCCCUAUCCACUACGUUACAUCAGUCUGGCCCUGCCCCAGACCUACGCUUCUGAAGCCCUACGAUGCAUCAUGUACAGAGGCUGGGGUCUCUCCAGGAUGAUGGUGUGGCGAGGCUUCGCUGUCACCCUGGGCUGGAACACUUUCUUCGUCAUCCUGGCCAUCGUCAUCCUCAAGCUGAGGACCUGAGACGUCUACCCGGGGGGGAGGGGGGCUUCCUAGUCUCAGGAUGUCUGUGUCGGGGGACACUGUGCUUUAAGGGAGAAAGUGCUGGUUUUCCAGAGGUCAUCUUGCAGACAGACCCUCACCCACACCGACACGCACAAUCACACCCCCUCCUCCCCCCUCCUGCUUGCCAACUAGCUAACCCUGAGAACCAGAGUCUAUGGGUGAAGGACUACUAGGUGGGGCGAAUCAUUCCAAAUCUUGCAGGUAGAAAUCUACUUCAUAGAAAGGAUAGCGUUCGCUAUUCCAUUAGAGAGUUGUGGCUGCUCUUUUAUGUUGUCGUCUUUCAUGCUGCAAUGCUUUGAAUGUUUCAACCGCCUGAAUCUGCCCUGCAGGCAAUGUUUCUCAACCCAGUUGUUUUACAGCCUACUUUAUUACAUACAGCCCAGCUAGCACAUAUGGUUCCUUUGAAGUUGUAGGAACGUAUGUUUUUUGGUUUCACAUUGGUUGUGGGAAGGAAGCCAUAGUUUCCUGACCGGUAAAACUGAAAAGUUCUUCAAACAUUCUGAGAAGAGAAGUUCCAGGAACAAGCUAAAUUGUCACGUCGUACUUCUCUGAACUAUCUGAGAACAUUCCCAAUGUCAAACCAGUUGGAGAACAUUACCAACAUUGAAAUGAAAUGUAGCUGUAUUUGAACUUAUAUGAAACGUUGAAAUACAUAACGUAAUGAAAUACCAAAAUACGUUUUUUUUGUUGUCAAGUUCAUUAAAUGUGCUGAGAAUGUUCCAAAGCCAAACAACUAUCCUGCACCAUUCCCAGGAAGUUGUGGGAAGGUUGUAUGCUAAAUAACCAUAGAACAACCACACCCUCACUAAGCUCUAUGUAACAUAUGGUUCUCAGAACGUUAUGUGCUUGCUGGGAGUAUUGUCUGAUUCACAGUGCAGGGCCGGGCCAAGCUGUACUGGGCUGGCCUGGUGACGCGUCCACCAUAGCUGCUGAAACCAUGUUGGAAAGGAUCAUGCGAAGAUAAAAUAUCAGAGCCAAUAACGGUUCAGGUCGUUGCUAUAGUGUGAAUCAGACAUCAGUCCAACGGCUGGUGGAGCCAGAGAACUGAGGUUGAGAAACACUGUGGAGUAGAAGUGCUGAUCUAGGGUCAGGUCCUCCCUGUCCAUAAUAAUAAUGAUUUAUUGUGAUGCAAACGGCUAAACUGAUCCUAGAUCAACACCCUUACUCUGAGACGCUUGAUAAUAGGGUUCCUGAUCACUGUCAUGUAUGAUCUGACCUUAGGCAUGUUUAACUUGUACCACCUGUUCUCAACAUAACACUGCAUUGAUUGGAGGGUUAUAUUUAGAGUUGCUGUUGAGGGUUUAUGAAUAACCUCUUCUACAGUAUAUGUUGACGGUAUUUACACACAUGAUAGAGAGAUUUAUUAUACUAUAUAUUUCAUAUUUUUUGAGGGAACUGUGUGUAAACAAAAGAAUACAAUUUGAAUGUUUUUGGUAUUGUGGUGUUACUGGAUAGAGCUCUUCUUAGCUACUGGUGUGUGGGUAAAGAAUGGCCAAGAAGGACUCCCGUUUCACAGACGUUUUACUGAAGGAUGUUCUCUGAUGAUGGGAGUUCCUGUUCAGUAGAUGUUCUUCUACAACUGGUGGCGACACCGGCUCUGUCCAGGCGCUCGGCCCGGCUCUGUCCAGGCGCUCGGCCCGGCUCUGUCCAGGGGCUCGGCCCGGCUCUGUCCAGGCGCUCGGCCCGGCUCUGUCCAGGCGCUCGGCCCGGCUCUGUCCAGGCGCUCGGCCCGGCUCUGUCCAGGCGCUCGGCCCGGCUCUGUCCAGGCGCUCGGCCCGGCUCUGUCCAGGCGCUCGGCCCGGCUCUGUCCAGGCGCUCGGCCCGGCUCUGUCCAGGCGCUCGGCCACAGAACGAUGUCCACGUCCGUGCGAUUAGCAUGCGAGCAAACCUCCCAGACAACUGACUAACCUCAUCAUGGCACGCCCACCAACCAAUGAGCGACUAGCAGAAGGUGGACAGUAGAACCCACGGGGGAGGAGCUAUCCCAUCUGCACUACAGUAUGGAUAGAAGUAUAUUUUGAUGAACUGAAAUGCUAAACUCAAUGUCGGACAAAAAAAAAACUAAACUUAUUUUUGUCCACCGCUAUUUCCAGGGGCCUCUGGGUCUGAAUUCAUAAAGCAGAGUGGAAGUGCUGAUCUAGGACCAGUUUUGCCAUUUAAAUCAUAAUGAAUACGAUUACAUGGACAGGAGGGGACCUGAUCCUAGACCAGCCUACCAAUUCUGAGGUUAUUUGUGGAUAUGAGCUCUGGUCUCUUAUCUGUAUUUUGUUCUGUUUUGCUUCCUGUUGCCUGUUUUGACAGGAAGUGGUGACCCUGUCUCUCUAUUGGUUACCAGGUGAUCUAACCUCCCAGUAUUGGCUUGCUGCUGAAGUAGCCUUGGCUUCUGGUUAUUGGUGGAAUGCAGUAUUUCUGGAGUCUGUUGUGUGCCUGUGCUUGCCUCAUACCCCUUAUAAAAAAGGGCAGUUUGAUUGAUUGUCCUGAUGGUGAUUGCAUGGGGCUUGUCCCGUCGUGGUUGACAGUUCUGUCAGUGGUCGUGUUUGUUUAUUGGGAUCCCUGUUAUCUUUUGCAGAAGCAGCAGCUACUCUUCCUGGGGUCCACCUAAAACACACAACAUGACAAGUAACAAAACACUGGUACACUGAUAGACAAGGACAGUCACACACAUCUAAAAUACAUGAAUAUACAACAAUAAAUUGUGUGUGUGUGUGUGUGUGUGUGUUACCUGAGAAGGUCAUCAGCUUUUAAUUACUUUUGUCUUCCCAUCACCCCCCUGCUGCUGGACAGAGUGGUGGCUGCUGGGUAAAGCCCUUGGACAUGUACCACAGCAAAGAGUAUCCAGUCAGUUCUGUUUUAAUGACAUCUCUCCAGCAUGUCCACUCAUUGUGUUUUAUUACUGCUGGUAUAUUAUAAUGUAUUAUUCCAUAUGUGAAAUCAAAGUGUCCAACAACAGAUAUUGAGGUCUCUUAACUUCCCUGAGCCGGGAUCAAUACAUUUCUCUGAUCCAAUGGGAGCUCUCUAUAUAUUUCAGAGUUUCUAUUGGGUUUGGGGACGAUUGACAGCAGCCCGUGGUAUUCCGGGGGUUCUGAGAUUUCAUAUCUUGUAUUUCUAGUGUCCAUCCUUCAAAGUCGUGCCAUUGACCACUAUUACUGACUGAGAAAUAUGUUUACACGCAUCGAACCGACAAAGUGCUGAUGACUUGAACCAGAAAAAGGCUGAGAAGAGCUCACGGCAGAAGGAGCUAGUUCACGUCACUCGGUUUCUGGUUGAUAAAUAUGAUAAUAGAGAAGGUACCAUGUUAACUUAUGAAGCUAAAGCAUCUACACCAGCAUGUGUGUUACUGAAAUUGAUUGAUGUUUUCUGAAGAAUUGUGAAUUUUAGACCGUAAGGCAACUUUUCAAGGUAACUGCAGAAGUUACAUUUACCUUGCUUCCCAAAUGGCACCCUAUUCCCUACAUAGUGCACUAUUUUUUUUGACCAAACCCCUAUGGGCCCUGGUCAAAAGUAGUGCACUAUAUAUAUAUAAGGAAUAGGGUUGGCAUUUGGGGUGCAUUCUUAAACGUCCUUGUUUAACGUGACAUAUUUUAGAAAAGUCAAGUUUGUAUUAUAGAGAGAGAGUGUGUUAUACAAAUCAAGUUUCAAUUGAGGAAAGUGACAUAAAUAUUUAUAUGUAUCGCAUUGGGGUCAAGAGGUCAAGGACCAUCACGGCUGAACCUUGGAGUUUAUUAAGUGUUAAUUCAUGUGGAACUCCAUAUUUAUUGUGUUUCCUGUUUUGCUCACGCUCCGUUGCCUUUUAUGUGUUUUGCUUUGUGCUGCUAUUUCCCACAUCUUAAGGGACACAUCCACAUUCAUCUGGAAUGUAUGUGUCUUACAAAUGACAUAACAGGUGUUAUAAACACGUGUGACUGCAGAUGACUUGUGACUUAUCUUAUGACGACUGACAUGACACAAACUGGAGUUGGGGUUGGAAAUCCAUCAAAUCCUUCAUUAGAUUGUAGCCCUGUUAUAACAGACAUAAUAUAUAUAUAUAUAUAUAUAUAUAUAUAUAACCUGUUAUGUCAGCUUAUGACAACUGACUUAACACUGUCAUGACACCAAACUGUUAUCUAGGUCAGCUAGUUACCACUAGCCAACUAGCUUAUAGAUCAUUUUAAGACUAUUUAUGUCAUUUGUUUUGUCAAUGAUAUGUAGGCCUUAUGCCAGGGCAUAGGGUUCAGGUAACGUGUUAGCUGCCAUGUAUAGGUUGCGUCCCAAAUGGCACCCUAUUCUCUACAUAGUGCACUCAUUUUUACCAGAGGCCUAUGGGUACUGGUCAAAGGUAGUGUACAUUAAAGGCAAUAGGGUGGCAUUUGGAACACAGCCAUAGCGUCAGCUCUGCUGGUGUCUGUGACUCUAUACUUCUACCUCCUCCAUGUUCCCCCCCAAAGGGCCAUUUAUAUAUGUAUCCAUACCAGACCUGGGUUCAAAUACUAUUUGGAAUCUUUCGAAUCAUUUCAUCCUUUGCUUUUAGCCUGUCUGGAAUACGAGAUGGGCGGGGUUUGCAGUUUUGCAACUAUUCUAUUGGUUCCAUUGUGCCAGGCAAACAUGAUCGAGCCCAGCUAAAGGAUUUUAAGUUACUGUAUUUUGAAUAUACUGAACAAAAAUAAGCGCAAGAAGUGUUGGUCCUAUGUUUUAUGAGCUGAAAUAAAAGUUCCCAGAAAUGUUCCAUGUGCACAAAAA